AUGAAAAAUGAAGAUGAACAACCCCAUUUUGCCAUGAAUGGUGGUGAUGGCCCUCUUAGCUACCUCCAAAACUCCUCCUACCAGCGUCGAGUGUUAGAAUUUGCAAAGGCAAUCAUUGAAGAAGAAAUCGAGACAAAAUUAGAGAUUUCAAGCAAGCAUAAUCAUGGCUUGUUCUGCAUUGCCGAUUUCGGGUGCUCAACCGGAAACAACUCUUUUCCGGCCAUGCACGCGAUCAUCGAAGCCGUCAAACGGAAAUAUGAAUGCUCAGACCUCAAAACCCCAGAAUCCUACGUGUACUUCAACGACGUCGUAUCCAACGAUUUCAACACCCUCUUCAGUUCUCUCCCUCCCUUCAGGAGGUAUGCGGUAGCCGCAGUGCCCGGAGACUUCCACGGCCGCCUUCUCCCGCCUUCGUCCCUCCACUUUGCGUACUCCUCUUGGUCGCUCCACUGGCUGACGGAGGCGCCAAAGGCGGUGGCGGACAGCGGGUCUCCGGCUUGGAAUGGUGGGGAGAUUGUGUAUACAAGAGAGAGGAAGGAGGUUUGUGAUGCUUAUUUGGAUCAAUUUGGUAAAGAUGUUGAGUCGUUCUUGACAUCAAGGGCGGUGGAAAUGGUGGAAGGAGGGCUAAUGGCCCUUCUACUCCCCGGAGCUCCGGCUGCGUGGGACCCGGAAAAGGAAUACACGAUGGUCUCCCUCGUGGAGCCUCUGAGAUCUUCUCUCGUCAACAUGGCUUUGCAGGGAAGAUUGUGUAAAGCGAAGUCGGAGACUUUUAACUUUCCAGGCUAUAUUCCCACCCCAGAGGAGUUGAUAUCUAUAUUGCAAAAGAGUAAUAGUUUCAGCAUAGAAAGAAUGGAGAUUUUGAAGCCUGGGACAUUGCUCACGGUUGAUGGUCACGUGGCAUUUUUUAGGGCAGUUAAACAAAAUAUGCUCACACAUGAGUUUGGAGAUGAAAUCAUCGAUGAAACGUUCAACCUUUUGAAGAAGAAACUCCAAAGUUCACCUGCUUACGCAAAUCCUUCUAAUGAUAGAACUGUUGUGGUUGUUGUUAUUCUCAAGUGCAACGAUGUUUAGUAAGUGGUCAUGGUCGUUGUUUUGUUUAUCAUCAGAGAUCACAAUUAGAUAAAGUGUUUCUGUUAAGAAAGAUACUCCCUCCGUCCCCUAAUAAUUGUCCACUUUGGUUCCAGCACGGGUUUUGAGAAAUGUAAAGGAAAGUGAGUUGAAAAGGUUAGUGGAAUAUGAGUGUCACUUUUAUAUAUUA